AAUGGAGCUGUGCAAGAAAAAAAAAAAGAAGCUGGAUCGUCAAAACAUAAACAGAGCAGAAGACAACCUUGUGUGAACGCAGCUAGCUCGUAUUGUUGUCUGACUUUUUUUUUCUUUUUUAGCAAGAGACAGCUUAAUGCAGGCUCUCCUAAUGUCGUGUAUUUCCCGUCAGAGAACUCAUAGUCAGGGCACUUAGCUCGUUUGCCAAGUAGCGAGGUGGAGAAAACAAAUCUGCAAUAAAGAUUAGGACUAAACUAAGAAGUGCGCCUCGUCGGGCCUUCGAGUAGAGUUUCUACCUUAGGACGACGCAGGACCCAAAGGAGACAGAAUGGCUGAAGCUGACGAAAAAUCCCCUGUGCUUAAUGGUGGUUCAGAUGAGAAACAGCCCGGAGAAGAGCAGCAGCACAAGGACGGGGACGCCUCUGGAAGUAAAGACAGUCAGACACAAUCUUCCUCUGAAGACGCUCCCAAAGAAACAGUAGAAGCGUCUGGAGACAAAGGCAUACCAGAGGCAGAAGGAGAGACAGCUGCAAGCAAAGAAGGAGAGGAGGAGGAGGAGGAGGAAGACACGGACAGCAUGGACGGCAGUGGACUGUUUUCUUUCACGGAGGACGGAGAGAGGGAGAGCGAGAGUGGGAGACGAGAGAGGGCCAAAGAGAAGGAUCGAGGGAAAAGGGCCGCUAGAAAGAGAAUCCGACCUGGAGGGGGCACUAAUCACUCCUCCAGCUCAGACGACGACGACGACGAUGAGCCAAAGGAGGAGGAGGACGACGAUGACGACGACGAUGACAACGAGGCCAUGGAGUCCUGGCUGGGCGCCGAGCUCCACGACCUCCGUGGGCCGACGUGGCAGGCGGUGCCCUCUCUUCGCUCCAGGGAGAUCGGCAGGAACUCACACCAGUUUGUCCGGCGCGUGUGUGGAGCCCGCGGCCUCGUGCAGAGGCUGGAGCUCCAGGGACGCUUGGAGCGGCACACUGGCUGCGUCAACACGUUGCACUUCAACCCCUCUGGGACGCGCCUGGCGUCUGGCAGCGACGACCUGCGGGUGGUGAUCUGGGACUGGGCCAUCCGGCGGGCGGAGCUGGAGUUUGACAGCGGACAUAAGAGUAAUGUGUUUCAGGCGAAGUUCCUGCCUCACAGCGGAGACUCCACCUUGGCCAUGUGCGCUCGUGACGGUCAGAUCAGAGUCGCUGAGCUCUCGGCCACGCAGCGCUGCAAGAACACAAAGCGGGUAGCACAGCACAAAGGAGCAGCACACAAGCUGGCCCUGGAGCCGGACUCGCCUUGUUCGUUUCUGUCAGCUGGAGAGGACGCCGUGGUGUUCGGUAUCGAUCUGCGCCUGGAUCGUCCCGCCAAUAAACUGGUGGUUGUAAAGGAGGGCGAUAAAAAAGUGGGACUGUACACCAUCUUUGUCAACCCAGCAAAGACGCAGCAGUUUGCAGUUGGUGGGAGGGAUCAGUAUGUAAGAAUUUAUGAUCAGAGGAAGAUUAAUGAAAAUGAAAACAACGGUGUUCUGAAAAAGUUUUGUCCUUCACAUCUGGUCUCCAGCGAGUCUAAAACCAACAUAACCUGUCUUGUGUACAGUCACGACGGCACAGAACUCCUGGCCAGUUACAAUGACGAAGACAUCUACCUAUUUGACUCCAACCACAGUGACGGGGCAGACUAUCGCAGGAGAUAUAAGGGGCACCGCAAUAACGCCACAGUGAAGGGUGUGAACUUCUACGGUCCCUGCAGUGAGUUUGUGGUCAGCGGCAGUGACUGUGGUCAUAUUUACCUGUGGGACAAAAACUCUGCUCGCAUCGUCCAGUUCAUGGAGGGAGACAGAGGAGGAGUGGUGAAUUGUCUGGAGCCGCACCCCCAUCUGCCAGGAAUGGCGACCAGUGGGUUGGACCAUGAUAUCAAACUGUGGGCGCCCACUGCUGAAAACCCCACUGGACUCAAGGGCCUGAAAGAGGUGAUGAAGAAAAACAAGAGGGAGCGCGAUGAAGACAGCGUGCGUCAUGGCGACCAGUAUGACACCCAGCUGCUGUGGUUCCUGAUGAGACACAUGAGAAACAGACGACCUCCAAGGGCUCGGCGCGAGGGAGCAGACGCAGACACCGACGAGUCCUGGAGCUCUCCGGAUUCCUCCGACGAAGAGGACGGCGGUCCCGACCACGUCCAGUGCAUGUCGUCCUGAGCCACGGACAAACAGACGUACACCCACAUACAUCAACUGAUACUCACAAUUUAUUGCCCUCGAAUCGAUGCACAUUGGCAAGCACUAUUGACACACUGGCAUGAGCCACAGACACACACACACACACACACACACAA